CGGGUCGCCUCUCCCCACCCUCGCGUGCAGACCCGGCCCCGCGCCGUGAACUCGCACACCUGUCCGCGCCCUCCAGGUGCGGGCCCCGGAGCUCCGCGGCUGCCCGAGCGGCGCGCGGAAAGAAAAAGUGAUGGUUGAACCAAAUGAAGCAAUGUCAGAGUAAGAAGAUGUCUCUGGUUGUGCAGCUGAUCUAUCACAUGCCUCUUAAGCAAUUAGAACUACAUAAUGCAAUCAUUUGUCACCCAAUUAAAUUUGAAAGGCCAGAAACGCAUGGAUUAGCACUUUAGCUUUUGCUUCAAUCAAAGCAAUUGUUACUUAGAUAAAAGAACAUUUAAAAUGAAAAAUGAAUUUUGAUAAAAAUAUAAAGUAAAUGCCUCUUUGGAUGCAGACCAAGAUUGGCAAGCAAACUUUGUUCCUUACCAACACAAGUCUCUCUAAAUGUAUCUAGGACAUUCUCAGAAAAGAAGGAAAUCUCUUCAAGAAUUGUUGAAAAAACUACUACUUCUAAGAAUACUGAAGAUAGAAUAUCUUCAAAUAUUGAAAAUAAAGAUACAGAAAUGAACCUACAAUCUAAGCAGUGGUCAUCGUCCUUCUUAAAAGAAAGCACGGGUCAAGUGGGUAAAAACACAGUCCCUGCAGAGCAGGAGAAAAAUAAUGAACACUCCUUCCAAGAUAUUGAUGAUAAGUUAUCUGAAUCAACAGAUGAUGAUGGUGAAGAUGAUACCAAUGAUGAAGAUGAUGAAGACAGUAACCCUAAUAAGGAUACUCAUGCCCCAUUAGAGUUAAUGGCAGAAUUCCUACGAGCAGAAAUGGGUCAAGACUACCAUUUGGCAAAAAAAUUAUGUCAGAUGAUCCUAAUCUAUGAACCAGAAAAUCCUGAGGCCAAGGAGUUUUUCUCCCUUAUUGAAGAAAUGUUGCUGAUGGAGAAAUCUCAAAAUCUUGAGGAAGAUGAUGAAGAUAGUGAAGAAGACAGUAGCGGUGAGAGUGAAGGAGAAAGCAGUGAGGAGUUAAGUGAAGAAAGUUCUGAUGAAUGUGAAGACGAGUGAUGAAAGUUGCUGCUGUGGUUCAAUCUUCAUGUAUUUUCAUUAUUGUAUACCAUGGAAAUAUAAAGGACAAAGCUGAAUUUUA